AACACAAUGACCACCUCCAAGCUGCUCUCGAAGCUGUUCAAGCGUAAGUCCAGGAAGGAUGAAACCAGUGAUACAGCCACCGCAUCCGCGUCUCACACAUCCUCAUCUGUGAGCACGCCAGCUCCAACACAGCACCAGCUCGCGCGGACCCUCCAAACUCGUCCACAAGUUGCUUCCCCAUUCUUCUCACUUCCCGGAGAACUCCGCAACAGGAUCUACGCCUACGCGACCUACCCCUCCUUGCUGAGCAUCACCAUCUUUCAGAAUCCAGAACCCGUGCUCUCGGCCAAUAUAUUCCACCUCUGCCGCCGCAUUCGGAGCGAAGCCAUCUCACACCUAUGCUCGAGCAAAUCCAUAUCCCUCGCUGACUUGCGCACCGCAAACAAGUUCUUCGAGCUGGUGCGGGACGAGAUGCCGAGUCUGCGGCACAUCACGAUUCGCAGCGAUUCUGCAUGGCGGUUGGGGACUGCUGAGGUCGAGGUCGAGAAGAGUGUGUUUCUGGAUUACCUUGAGCUUGCCACUGGACUGAAGAAGUUGGAGAUGGUGGUCGGCCAGUGGCCGUUGAGUGUACAAAACAGGGCACAGCUUUGCGACGCGGGAUCGGUUGGUGCUGGGUUUCUCUACGCGGUGAGGGACUUAGUUGAUCGGGAGGUGGGUGGGGAGGAGCUGGAGAGGGUCACGAUGGAGAGGUUGCUGGCGCUUUGCAAGAACUUCAGUGCGCCGAGGGCGGUGCAAGAUCUCAAGGCGGCACUGAACGAAGAGUACGAGCAGCGAGAAGUGAAGGUAUUUAGACUGUACAAGGUGACGAGCUUGGAGGGUGGGAUCGAGAGGGUGGAGCUGCCAAUGAGGAUGCCUGGAUGUUUGAUAUCCACAGAGCACGAUAUUUUGAAGUCGAUAUCGUAA